CGAGCCCCGCGCGCGCGGGCGGGAUGCCCCGCGGCCGCCGCACUUCGGCCCGAGCGCUGCCCUGAGCGGGACCGGCGGAGCGGCCGCCGCGGGCGCCAUGGAGCAGUGGCGACAGUGCGGCCGCUGGCUCAUCGACUGCAAGGUCCUGCCGCCCAACCACCGGGUCGUGUGGCCCUCGGCCGUGGUGUUCGACCUGGCGCAGGCGCUGCGCGACGGCGUCCUGCUCUGCCAGCUGCUGCACAACCUCUCCCCCGGCUCCAUCGACCUCAAGGACAUCAACUUCCGGCCGCAGAUGUCCCAGUUCCUGUGCUUGAAGAACAUCCGUACGUUCCUGAAAGUCUGCCACGACAAAUUUGGGCUGCGAAACAGCGAGCUGUUUGACCCCUUUGACCUCUUCGACGUCCGGGACUUUGGGAAGGUCAUCUCUGCCGUGUCCAGACUCUCCCUGCACCAUGUGGCUCAGAACAAAGGAAUCAGGCCCUUCCCCUCGGAGGAGACGGCGGAGAACGACGAUGAUGUGUACCGCAGCCUGGAGGAGCUGGCGGACGAGCAUGACCUCGGGGAGGACAUCUACGACUGCGUCCCGUGCGAGGACGAGGGGGACGACAUCUACGAGGACAUUAUCAAGGUGGAGGUGCGGCAGCCCAUGAAAAUGGGCAUGUCUGAGGAUGACAAGAGGAACUGCUGUUUGCUGGAGAUUCAGGAGACCGAGGCCAAGUACUACCGGACCCUGGAGGACAUCGAGAAGAACUACAUGACGCCCCUGAGGCAGGUGCUGAGCCCGGCAGACGUGACCGCCAUCUUCAUCAACCUGGAGGACCUGAUCAAGGUACAUCACAGCUUCCUGCGGGCCAUUGACGUGUCCAUGAUGGCGGGGGGCAGCACGCUGGCCAAGGUCUUCCUCGAUUUCAAGGAAAGGCUGCUGAUCUACGGGGACUACUGCAGCCACAUGGAGCACGCGCAGAACACGCUGAACCAGCUCCUCGCCGGCAGGGAGGACGUCAGGCAGAAGGUCGAGGAAUGCACGCUGAAGGUCCAGGAUGGGAAGUUUAAGCUUCAAGACCUGCUGGUGGUCCCCAUGCAGAGGGUCCUCAAAUACCACCUCCUCCUGAAGGAACUUCUGAGCCAUUCCACCGAUCGGCCCGAGAGGCAGCAGCUCAAAGAAGCGCUGGAAGCCAUGCAGGACUUAGCGAUGUACAUAAACGAAGUGAAACGGGACAAGGAGACCCUGAAGAAAAUCAGCGAGUUCCAGAGUUCUAUAGAAAACCUGCAAGUGAAGCUGGAGGAGUAUGGGAGGCCGAAGAUCGACGGGGAGCUGAAGGUCCGGUCCAUCGUGAACCACACCAAGCAAGACAGGUACUUGUUCCUGUUCGACAAGGUGGUCAUCGUCUGCAAGAGGAGAGGCUACAGCUACGAGCUGAAGGAGGUCAUCGAGCUGCUGUUCCACAAGAUGACCGACGACCCCAUGAACAACAAGGACGUCAAGAAGUGGUCCUACGGCUUCUACCUCAUCCACCUGCAAGGGAAGCAGGGCUUCCAGUUCUUCUGCAAGACGGAGGACAUGAAGCGGAAGUGGAUGGAGCAGUUCGAGAUGGCCAUGUCCAACAUCAAGCCAGACAAAGCCAAUGCCAACCACCACAGCUUCCAGAUGUACACGUUUGACAAGACCACCAACUGCAAAGCCUGUAGAAUGUUCCUCAGGGGCACCUUUUACCAGGGCUACCUGUGCACCAGGUGCGGGGUCGGGGCUCACAAGGAGUGUCUGGAAGUGACGCCCCCCUGUAAGAUCAGUUCCCCUGCAGACCUGGACGCCUCCGGAGCAGGACCUGGUCCCAAGAUGGUGGCCGUGCAGAAUUACCACGGCAACCCGGCCCCCCCGGGGAAGCCGGUGCUGACCCUCCAGACGGGCGACGUGAUCGAGCUGCUGAGAGGCGACCCUGAGUCUCAGUGGUGGGAGGGUCGGCUGGUGCAAACCAGGAAGUCGGGCUACUUUCCUAGCUCAUCCGUGAAGCCCUGCCCCGUGGACGGAAGGCCGCCCAUCAGCCGGCCGCCAUCCCGCGACAUCGACUAUAGCGCCUACCCCUGGUUUGCGGGCAACAUGGAGAGGCAGCAGACGGACAACCUGCUCAAGUCGCACGCCAGCGGGACCUACCUGAUCAGGGAGCGGCCGGCCGAGGCGGAGCGCUUCGCCAUCAGCAUCAAGUUCCACGACGAGGUGAAGCACAUCAAGGUUGUGGAGAAGGACAGCUGGGUCCACAUCACGGAAGCGAAGAAGUUUGAAAACCUCUUGGAGCUGGUGGAGUACUACCAGUGCCACUCGCUCAAGGAGAGCUUCAAGCAGCUGGACACCACGCUCAAGUACCCCUAUAAGUCCAAGGAGCGCGCGGCCUCCAGGGCCUCCAGCCGGUCCCCAGCUUCCUGCGCCUCCUACAACUUUUCUUUUCUCAGUCCUCAGGGCCUCAGCUUUGCUUCUCAGGGCUCCUCCGCUCCUUUCUGGUCAGUGUUCACACCCCGUGUCAUCGGCACGGCCGUGGCCAGGUACAACUUUGCUGCCCGGGACAUGCGGGAGCUCUCGCUGCGGGAGGGCGAUGUGGUGAAGAUCUACAGCCGCAUCGGCGGGGACCAGGGCUGGUGGAAAGGCGAGGCCAACGGACGGAUUGGCUGGUUUCCUUCGACGUACGUAGAGGAGGAGGGCGUCCAGUGACGGCAACGGCAUGGAUAGGACUCGUGGGUUUUCUUAUGAGAGUCCAGCUCUGAAGUCUGUCUCUAGCCCCGUGACGCAGAGGGGACAUGCCCGCCAACCUUCCAGUCCUCAACAGUCCGUAGGGAUGGGGAGGGUGUUCAAAAUCCUAAAUGGGAACCGGCCUGCUGUCCACCUGCCAUCAGGGGCCUGUCCUGGGUACGCUACUUGUACAUAGAGGCGAGUCGGGCCAGCCCUGCCGUGGCUGCCACCACCAGAGCGCUAAGGAGAGGGAGCACCAGCGGCAUUCUGAGCCGGGCUCUGGAUGACAGCUGAGGCCAGAGCUCUUCUUGGCCCUGUCCUGUUGAGACGGCAUUCGGGAGCCUAGGUUUGAACAGUAGAUGCCAUCCCAGGGAGGCCUGGGACGGCAGAAGGGACCUUCCCCCUCCCCUCCUGCUCAGCUGUGACGCUCAGCCUGCCUCCUUCCUGCUGCUCCCGGGGGGAAGCUUUGGGCCUAGAGAGUCAGAAGGGACCAGAGCCAAGCCGUUUGCUACAGCCCCUGCCCGGCCCCAGCUCAGCCCCAGCCGUGCUCGGGCGUAGGAGAAGAGAGCAUUGCUAGGGGGGACUGUGCGGGCCCCUUGACCCCCUCCUGGCACUCUGCACUCGGGGUGUGCAGAGAGUACCCAGGGCAGGUCCCCCUCUCCUGAGGGAGCCUUAGUGAACGACGAAGUUGCCACCCCUGCUCUCAGUCAACGGUACUGUUCUUUGCCCUGAAUCUUAGGAGUGUGUCUGUCCUGUCCUGCUGCCAGGUGGAUACACCUUUUGUAAAUCCUGAUACGGGUGAGAAGAAAAUGGGAGUUUUCCCCUCACUUGGGCCCUGCUGCUCACAUUCCCCUCCAAGAGGAGGCCCCCCAGUGCCCCCCGGCAGGCGGCCCUUCUGGGUCUUCUGUGUCCUGCAUUGUGGUUCCUGAGGGUCUCCCCAGCUUUUGCACAGGAUGUUAGUUCUAGCCCUUGGCAAGUCUUCCUCCGGCAGCCCACGAACUGGGCCUAUGGUCAGCUCGAAAUAAGGGCUCUUGGGGGAGGCCUUCCCCUGAACUCCCCCUCCUGACUCCUCCUGGCCUCUGAGCUCUGGCUGUUUUGUCCAGAUCCUUUACCUCCACCUGGAUGUUGCAUGAGACCUAGGGACGCUGUCUCCCUGCGGGCUCCGUGCCACAGCCGCGGGAGAAACCUGGCUGCACGCGUCCCCUGUCCCUUGGUGGGCUGCCCUGCCCUGUGUGGGCAGGGCCGGGCGUGGGGAGGGCUAGCUCCUGCUGUGGUGGGAGCUGCUGCCACUCUGCCCUCCUGGGCUUUCUUUGAAGUCAGCCUUGUGGCCUCCAGGCGCGGCUCCCGGGCCCCAUGUCCCAGAAUGCGGAGGAGGUGGGGAGCAGUGGGGGGACAGUUAGCAGCAAGGGCAAGAGAGAAGGCCGCCUGCAGGUGAACAGAUCGCGUCCGGGGGCAGAAGGCCAGGGGGAGGGAAGCAAAGAGCCGGUCUCGGAGA